AUGAGUUUUAAGGGCUUUACGAGGGCUGUUGCCAGAGCACCUCAAUCGUUUCGCCAUAAAUUCAAUAUGGGGGAACAGAUUGAGGAUCCUGUUUAUGAAGAUGCAGAACGUCGUUUCAAGGAGUUGGAAAUAGAGGUGAAAAAGUUAAGUGAUGAGUCAAAGAGAUACUCAGGGGCCGUGAACGGUAUGUUAUCGCAUCAGAUCGGUUUUGCAAAAGCAAUGGAGGAAAUAUUCAAGCCAAUAAGUGGUAAGAUGAGUGAUCCGAAUGCAGCUGUUCCUGAAGAUAAUCCUGAAGGUAUUGAAGCGUGUGAACAAUACAAGGCAAUUGUCGCGGAGCUUCAGGAAGCCUUGAAGCCAGAUUUAGCUUUGAUCGACGAAAAAAUUAUGGCACCGUGUCAAGAACUGUUGAAGACGAUUGGAUACAUUCGCAAAAUGUCAACUAAAAGAAAUCACAAAAAGCUGGAUUUAGAUAGACAUUAUAACACAUAUAAAAAGCAGGAAACGAAAGCCAAACCACAGCCAAAGGAUGAGGAAAGAUUGUAUAAAGCACAAGCAGAGAUGGAAGUGGCUCAACAGGAGUACGAUUACUACAACGAUAUGCUAAAGAACCAAUUGCCUCUGUUGUUCACUCUGGAAGCGCAGUUCGUACAACCACUUUUUGUCUCAUUUUAUUUCAUGCAGCUAAACAUUUUCUACACCCUGUACAAUAGAUUUCAAGAGAUGAAAAUUCCGUAUUUUGAUUUGAACAGCGAUAUCGUAGAAACUUUCCACUUUAAGAGGGGCAACGUGGAGGAACAAUGUGAUUCUUUGACAAUAACUAACUUCAAAGUAGGUUAUUCCAAAGCAAAGUUGGAAAUGACAAGAAAGAAAUAUGGUGCUGGCGGAGCGCCAGGUAUGCAAUCUCCUACUUCUCCAGGUACACCAGGCGCGCCCUCGGGUUACGAUCCAGUUACGGGACAACCUAUUUACCAAAGUAGCCAACCGGGCUACGGUAGUCCUGCAGCCGCAGGAUAUGCUGGGUCUCCGGCAGGCUACGCCGGUGCUGUCCCAGGGUAUGCUGGUGCUGCAGUCACUAGUCCAGGGGCCUACGGUGCUCAAUCUCCACAGCCUGCCGGUUAUGGGGCAACGAUGACACCAACGGCGUAUCCCGGCUCUUUCCAAUCACCAGAUGCCGCUGCAGCUCCACCAGCAUACACUACUGGCGUGCCAAUGCAGACACCUGUGCAACCACAACCUACUCCAGCUGUAGAAACCGUAACAGCCUUGUACGACUAUCAGGCUCAAGCAGCAGGCGACUUAUCCUUCCCUGCUGGUGCUGUCAUUGAAGUUGUCCAACGUACGGCGGACCCUAAUGAGUGGUGGACAGGAAGAUACAAUGGCCAAGAAGGUGUAUUCCCUGGCAACUAUGUUCAAGUGCACAAGCAAUGA